AUGCAACAUGAGCUGCCAACCUGGCAGUUUGCUGCGCCAUGCUGUCGUGUCACCGUCCCUUCCACUGUCCCACCCCUCCAUGCUGCCCCAUGUGAAAGGCGCAGGAGCCGGCAGAGCAGCCUGCUGCCAGCAGCCAUCGCCGCUUCGACGGGGAUGUGGGCUUCCUCCAAGAAAACUCUGCGGGCCUAUUCUGAUCACAAGGCCCAGGUAAACAUAUGGCCUCGCUGGCUUGGAGGCGGAAUGCAAGAAGUCGUGACUGAGUUCAACCAGAUCAUUGUGGCAGGUGAGGGAAGCAUAUACAGCCUCGAGAAGUCGUUUCCUUGGGCAGAGGAUUGUCUGCUCGAGCUGAAGGAGUACGGUGUUCGAGUGGUUAUCCUGCAAUCGCUCGGUUCUCCUGACCUAAGCAAGCUGGGCUUAAACGUGGGUGUCCACUAUGAUGCAGUGAUCUGGCAUGAGUCAGCGUUGGAGCUAUUGAGCACUCUCGCGGAGGCACGUGAACAGAACACACUCGUUGUGGGAGACUCCCUGAACCUAAUGCAAGCUGCCCAUUCCGCCGGCCUAAAGUCGGCCUUUAUUUGCUCUGGCAAGCACAGCAGUGAUUUUGGCUUGUCAGCCGCUCCAAAAAUCGACGUGCCGGCAAAUGGCGGUCAUUUCGUUGAACCAGAGGGGAUGUUGGAUGGAUGUGUCUCACUGUUCGGCAAAGAAGCCUCUCCAAACUUCAUGAUGUCGUGCUUCUCGUACUCAGAACGCUCCUUUUUCAAGUUCUUCGCUGAACGACGUGCUAUGGCCCGACGCCGCCAUGCUUCAGACAAGGCUUGA